UGAGAUUUGAUGUUUCAAUAAAAAAUCACCAAUAACCAUCUUUUCAAUACCAUUGAAGGUUAGCCCAGGAUUGAUAUUAGAGUGUAUGUUGGCAAUGGACUUCACGAAUACCCAGGACAUUAUUGAUGGGUACUUGAGGGGACAACAAGCCCGGACCAAAGAACAACCUAUUCUGCAUUCACGAAGUACUUCUGGUAAGACACGAGCAGAUAGUAAUAACCCAUCACCGCAUUUGAAGAAGCGACAAUAUAGUGGGAAUAGUAUGAUAGAUGACAUUACUGUGUUUGGAGAAGAGGACCGUGAUAAUUUGAUGGGAGGAUUGUAUAUCGACCCGGAUAUUGAUCGAUUAUUGAGAAUAGAUGAUUUACUGCUUGACUUGAGUCGAGAUAAUAGUAUAGAUUUGAAUAGAGGCAUAAUAGAAUCACCAACAGAUUCUAUAUCUAUUCCGAGUCCGAUAAGAUUCAGGAGCCGAGAAGAACGACCCGAACAGAAGAGUAAGAACAAAGAGCCAUUUGAUCAAGAUGUACAGAGACUACUUUCAAUUGGUAAAGGGGAUGUUAUGCCCAAUUUCGAAGAGCUGAUUAGUAAAGAUGAAGAAGAGGAUUUUGACGAUGAAAAACUUUUAGAACAAACCCAUAAAGCUAUACAAUCAUUACCGGUUUCAAUAACUGGGAAUCGAGAAUUUGAAAAAUAUGAAAAGAUGUUGAAUUCUGCAGUUGCCAAAGCAGUUAAACUGACCGAAGAACAUCGGAGAGAAAACCUCGAGGUGGUUAAGGAAAGAGAUGAAAUGAGAAGGAGAAACCAAGCAUUGCAAGAAGAAAUAUUGAUAUUAAAGCAAAAAAGUGAAAAGCAACAAGAAAAAUUGAGGGAUAAUCAGAAUCGGAUAAAUAAUAUGUCCAAGGUGCAUCAAGAAAGAGAAAUGAUUAUGGAAAGAGAACGGGGGUUAAUGAAGAAGAGACUUGAAGAAACCAACCGGAAUAGCAAUGAGAAUUCCCAAUUAGUUAAAGAGAAUGAAUUAUUGAGAGAAAAGUUAAUAAAAUACAAAGGACUAUAUGAAGAACAGAAGAAGACCAAGCCUACAGCAGAAGCAGAAGAAAAGAGACAGGAGCCAUUGAAGAAUGAUGCUAUUGAAAAAGAAGGGAUGGUUGAAGAAUUGGUCAGAAAAUUGAUGGAUACAAUUUCCAAUAAUAAAAAGGAACCCGUAGAAACGGAGAUUAAAGAAGAGAAAAAAACAGAACCUGGCAAAAUGAAAAUGUUGGAAGUGUUUGAACAAGCGUUUGAGCAAUUGAAGAAUGAAGAGACUGACCCGAGAAUAGAAACUCCAAAAGAAGGAGAACAAAAUAAGAUGAUUCAACUAUUGAUUGGGAUUCGAGAUAGUCUUGAUAAGUUGCUCAAUGAGAAGUCGGCACCGCCGAGCUCCUCAAGCGUGAAGCCGGUGGCUGAAACAUCAAGACUGAAAAGUAACAGGAGUAAAGACGUAAUGGUGUAUUGUCAAUGUGAUAAACGAGAUUUGGGGGACGAGACGGUUGACAGUUUAGAUUUCACCAAUGAGAGUACAAGCACCGGGGAAAGACCCCGGUGUGAGACCUGUGCAAUUGCAAUGGAGGCCUUGAAUAGGUUACAACGAGAAAACAGGAGGUUGAAGAGAAGACCCAGACGAGUGGGCCGGAGUCGCAAAAUAUUGAGUAGUUCCACCUCAGUGGGAGGACCACAAGAGGACGAAUACGAGGAUGUGACUGAGGAAGGCCGAAAAGAAGGUACCCAAACGUUAAUGGGUCAAUAUAGAUGGAAUAAUACUGUUUAAUAUAUAAUGAGUAUAAUAAAUACGUAAUUUGCGC